GCACCCGUCGGGUGACGUAGGUUGUUGGGUUGUGGAUUGACGUCUAGUCUAUCAGCAUGAAGUCCGCUCCAGUGUUAUCGGUGUCAGGGCGACGGGCGCUCGUUCCGCUGUGAACUCCGAGACGGAAUCCCGUGGUGUAAAAUACAAUUAUUUCCUUUUCUUCUCGUCAAAACAACGCUGAAUUCACACUUCUGAUUUAAAGCCAUCUGGGAAGUGUUGAAGACCUACUAUGAUCCACAUAUAAAAAGCACUGCAUUCCUGACACUUCCUCUGUGUAUCUUCUGGUCCCCGAAGAAAGCUUAGUGAUAUCCAUAUCAUAUUAUGGCGACUCCUGAGAACAAGUGCCAAGACCUUCCCAAGGAACAGGCACUUCUAAAAGUGCCAUUAAAGAGGUUGAUGCGAGACAGAGCCGUAGACGGCACACCCAUAAAGAAACGUGUGAUGGCUGCUCUUAAUUUAUCCUGCAAAAAGAUCCCAGAAACCUAUCUCGGCUAUCAGGUCUCAAAGGCAACGAACAAAAUGGAGGCCAAUCUGGAUCUGAGUCCUGGUUUGAAGCACACUCUAGCGCAGUUCUCUCUGAGCAGCCAGUGUUCCCUCGGUGGCCCGGCUGCGUUCACUGGUCAUCAUGGUCAGUAUAAGAUAGCACCCCCUCUGGCUCAGGGAGGUAUGGCAGGGGGACCCGUUCUAGUUUCCCCUGACAGCUCGACAGACCUUGUCCUCUGCUGUCUGGAGGGCGAAUCCAUCUACUGCUUCUCUGUAGGAGGCGAACUGCGUCUUUGUCUGCCCCAGCUGCUCAACACCGUCCUGCGGGAAUUCUCAUUGCAACAGAUCAACUCUGUGUGCGACCAGCUGUAUUUGUACUGUUCCCGCUGCGAUGCCACACAGUUACACAUCCUCAAAGUGCUGGGCAUCCUUCCUCCAGGGACCCCAUCCUGCGGCCUCAUCACACUGACCGAUGCCCAGCGUCUCUGCAACACCCUGCUGCAUCCGGGUGAGGAACCCUCUCAUGAUUCACACAAAGGGCAUGGUGAUAGAGAGGAGGAUGAGAAAAACGGCGAGGAAUCUGGAGGAUUUGGGGUGGAACACCAGUGUCUGGGCAAGUGUCAAGGCCUGUUUGUACCCCAGCUUUACUCCAGCCCGGAUGCGCACUGUAUCCGCUGUUCCCAAUGCCGGAUGUUCUUCUGCCCAGAGCGCUUUGUCAUGCACACCCACCGACAGCCAGACAAACGCACAUGUCACUGGGGCUUCGAUUCAGCCAAGUGGGCCUUCUAUCUGCAGCUGGCACAAAGACAUCUGGGAACAGUGGAGGAAAUGAAGCUAAAGAAAUCUCUGGAGGAUAUGAAGGCGAAGUUCCAGCAAGAGAAGAGGCAGCCGCAUGUGGGAGUAUCUUCACCUGCUUUUGUGUUCGACUCACGCUUGCUUGCCAGUCUUAAGGAGGACCCUGGUCAUGUUGACUUGAUGUGGCAAAGCUGGUACCAGUACAUGCCUGACAAGCUGGAAGGUGAUGGCUUGGCACAACAUCCUGGGUAUGUACCUGGAAAGGAAAUGGGGUCUCCAGGAACAGAGACGCUCAGCGAUACUCAGGAUGAAAAGAAUCAGGAAGCACAUGACACUGACCCAAAGAUGCCCACCUAUGCAGGGCAAGAAAAACAUGGCCAGUCAGAUGAUGCCAGUCCAGACGAAUGGCAGAAAGUAGACAUGGCAGCUUAUAAGCGGUCGGUUGGUGUGACUGUGGAGCACAGUAAGGACGGCAUAGUGAUGGAGCUUCUUCAGAUGUACAGCGCGCAACAUGACAAACUUCAGUCAACACUACGCAGACAGAAGCAGCUUGAAAAGGAGCUGCAGGCUCUCCGUCAAGGUGAAGCCACAGACCGCUGUGACCUACAUGGGGAGCUGGAGGCGGUUCAGACUGAACAUGCUCAGAGGCUCGGUGAAGUCCAGCAGGAACAGAGAAAGUUAAAGUCCCGACUUGACCAGCUGAGGCAGCAAGGCUGCAGAUGCAAAGAGCUGGCUACUGAGCCACACCAGGAAACUAUCUAUGCCAAACAGUUAUCAGAGCUGCGUCAGAGGCUGGACCGCGCUGAGGAAGACCGCGAGGAGCUGCAGGAAGAGCUACGCAGAGAACGAGAAGCCAGAGAGAGGCUGGAGCGAACCAUCUCUGAGCUCAAACAUCAGAUGAGGGAAUCCGCCCACCCUGCUUCAAUGGACAGUCCCAUGUCUUCAGCCUGUAGCGACACACACAUGUCCCCGACACCUUAGCAAGGUCUACGGUCACCAACCCCGCGAUCUGAUUUCUGUGAUCAAGAGUCAUUUUGGAAUGGUGUCUCCGUUGGAUGCCAAAGUUGUUUUUAUUGCAGUUCUACGGAACAAUUAUACAAUUCGGGUUGUCCUGAGUAGGUUUGGGUUUAAUGCUGUGAAUUUGUUGAGUAGCGAUUAAGUUGAACUGAUUUUUUUGGACAUGUGAAUAAGGAUUUUUGGUGUUUUGAUACAAAUUAAGUAGUUAGAAUCAUUAUUCAAACCACUAACCUUGCAAGUGUACAAUCAACACCAUCCGUUUUGGUUUAUCAGUGCUAGGACUACUGAUAUCUAAUGAAUGUUUUUU